AUGUCGUUUAUAUCAACUUGUCUAUCUGACCAUCAUCGUCAGCUGGUUGGCAAAAUGAAGAAAUGCUUUGACCUCGGAAAGCAACUUUUGAUUAUUGUGCAUUUUACCAACCCAAUCAUACUUGAUAGCGAAACUCUGGAAGAGGGAAGAAUCAUCGAUGAACAAGAAGGAUCAGAUGCAAAUGUAAAGGCGAGGAUUGGCAAAGCAAGGAUAGUUCAACUGUACGGAGCUAAAACUUGGAGAGCUACUACAACCAUCAUUAAGAAGGUACAAAGAACAAACCAGUUUCCAGUUGAAGAGGAAAUUAGGAAAAGACAUUCAAAGUGGGUAGAAUAUACAUUACAGAAAUCACCAAACUGUAUCACGAGACAAGCCCUAACUUGGAAUUCUGAAAGGAAGCGGAAAAGAGGAAGGCCAAAGAAUACAUUAUGUCAAGAAGACAGGGUUGGAUGGAGAGUGCUGUUAGGUGGCCUAUACUCCUACACGAGGAGUAACAGGAGUAAGUAA